AUGGCAAGUUUUAGCAGAGCGGCGCGAAAUAUUCUGCAGAAGAACCCAAAUGAUGUUGUAUUGCUUUCGGCUGUCAGGUCACCAAUUAAUCGGAGUUUCAAGGGUGGAUUCAAAGAUGCACAUCCAGAGGAUAUUCUGAUGCCGGUCAUGCAAGCUGCUGUAGAGCGGGCCGGGAUCGAAAAGAACGACGUCAACGACGUCUUGAUAGGAAACGUUCUCGCAGAACUUGGGUUUGCAAAGACCGGACGAAUGGCGCUGAACCAUGCUGGCUUCCCAAACUCAACUACUUUCCACACAGUCAACCGUCAGUGCUCGAGUAGCUUGCAGGCAAUAACCCACAUAGCACAUUCAAUCAUGGUGGGUCAGGUGGACGUGGGGCUUGCUGGAGGCGUGGAAAGCAUGUCAAGGAACUACAGCUCGCGGGGCAUUCCAACGGAUGUUUCGCCUACACUUUUGGAAUCAAACGUCAAAGAUGCUCGCGAUUGCCUCAUGCCCAUGGGCAUCACGUCAGAAAACGUAGCGGACAGAUAUGGUAUUGAUCGGAAGUCACAAGACGAGUACGCUGUACGAAGCCACGAACGUGCGAGUCGUGCACAAAAAGAAGGCCGCUUCGAUUGGGAGACUGUACCUGUGAAGGUGCGACGAAUUGAUGAAGCGAGCGGGCAGCCAGCGGAAUUCGAAGUCACCAAAGACGACGGUAUCCGGCACGGACUGACUUUUGAUAAAGUUUCAGCGCUCAAGCCUGUAUUUGGCGAGAACGGCAAGAGCACUGCAGGCAAUUCCUCGCAAAUCUCCGACGGAGCAUCUUCCACGAUCCUUGCUCGACGUUCAUGGGCAGAAGCUCGUGGACUUCAACCACUGGGCCGCUUUGUAGGCACACAGAUUAAGGGCUGUGCGCCGGAUGAGAUGGGUAUCAGCCCCAUUUUCGCCAUACCAGCGUUACUGAGAUGGACGGGUAUAGAGCUCAAGGACGUGGGCAUUAUCGAGCUGAACGAGGCGUUUGCGAGCCAGACGAUUGCAUGUAUACGGCAACUGGGGCUGGAUGAAGAAAAAGUCAAUCCAAAUGGUGGGGCUAUAGCGCUUGGGCAUCCCACUGGAGCCACGGGUGCGCGUCAGACAGCGACGUUGUUCGGGGAGCUGCGGCGUCAGGACAAGGAGAUUGGCAUUGUGAGCAUGUGUGCCAGCACUGGCCUAGGCGUGGCAUCGCUGUUCGUACGAGAGUCGUAG